GUGUCUGAUGUGGAGAUGGAGUACACCAUGGAUGUGUUUUUCCGGCAGACCUGGGUGGACCACAGACUGGAGUAUAAAGGCCCAGUGGAGAUCCUACGUUUGAAUAAUCUGAUGGUCACCAAAGUCUGGACGCCAGACACGUUUUUCAGGAACGGCAAACGCUCUGUUGCACACAACAUUACUGCCCCCAACAGGCUGUUUAGGAUCAUGCAGAAUGGGACCAUACUCUACACCAUGAGGCUCACCAUCAGUGCAGAGUGCCCCAUGAGGCUGGUGGACUUUCCCAUGGACGCUCACGCCUGUCCACUCAAGUUUGGCAGUUACGCAUACCCUAAAACAGAGAUGGUUUACACCUGGACCAAAGGCCCCAGUCACUCUGUGGAGGUCCCCCCAGAGUCCUCCAGCCUGGUCCAGUAUGACCUCAUCGGACAGACCGUCUCCACGGAAACCAUUAAGUCCAUCACAGGCGAGUACGUGGUAAUGGCGGUGCACUUUCACCUGAAGAGAAAGAUGGGAUACUUCAUGAUCCAGACAUACAUCCCGUGUAUCAUGACAGUGAUCCUGUCCCAGGUCUCAUUCUGGAUCAACAAGGAGUCUGUGCCAGCCAGGACAGUGUUCGGCAUCACCACAGUCUUGACCAUGACCACUCUAUCCAUCUCAGCUCGUCACUCUCUACCUAAGGUCUCCUACGCCACAGCCAUGGACUGGUUCAUUGCUGUCUGCUUCGCCUUUGUCUUCUCUGCCCUCAUCGAGUUUGCUGCUGUAAACUACUUCACCAAUGCAGAGCUGGAGCGGAGCAAGAGGAAAACACCCAGAUGCCCUCCCGUGCCCCGCUCCACCCCAGUCAAGACCAAGGAGGCAGAGAAGGCCAUACAGCCAAACCCCGACUCCAAUGGCAACCUCCGCAAACGCAUGAACUACAUUACCCAUGAGUCCCGAGUGCAGCUGCGUGCCCAGUCUACAUCCAGUCUGUCUGCUGUGGGCCGUCCUCACAGCUCACAGCACAGGGCCGUGACAUGGCGCCCCCUAGCCCGAGGCGGUGUGAACUGCAGCUCCAGCACAUUGUCUCACCGCAGCAGUCCUCAUAAAUCUGAGAGCCUCCUGAGUGUGGCAUCCUCCUCUGCCCAGCUAGUCCGGAGCUCCAACCCACAGACCGCAGCCUCCACGCCAAACGUGAUGAGCGAUACGCCGGUCCGAAAAUGCACCAACGCCGCCUCUUCGUCUUCCUCUUCGUCGCUUCAGCACCUUCUCGCUCCCAAACUACAACAUCUCCAGGUGAGGAGCAAAGAGCUCAGGCAGACCCCGUGUUCUCAACCCAGCGCAGCAGGAGCAGGAGGGACCAGUAAGAUCGACAAAUACGCACGUAUCCUGUUCCCCGUAUCUUUUGGAGCCUUCAACAUGGUCUACUGGGUGGUCUAUUUGUCCAAAGAUACUACAGUGGGACAAGGGGGCUAG